CACACCAACAACCGUUAUCCGUUUUAGACCGCUGUCAAAUAAGUUUGAAAAGUGCUUGGAAAAUGUUGCAAAACGACGCGGUGCGAACUUUGCAAUAUGAUAGUGAAAUACGCGUGGCCCAGCAGCCAAGUCCCUCAGAACCAAGAGUCUACGACUCCCACAUUAGCAUCACAUCACAGCCUCGGCAAGAGGCUCCACGCAUCCCACUUCCGGUGCCCAUAGCCACGGUUACGGGCAGUAGGACCUUUAUUCCUCUUUCCGGAUAUGAUUGCCUGGCGGAUCUGCCAUCAGUGCACAUUGAACAGACCUUUGAGCUCAAUGAGGCUCUAACUGCUGUCUCCUCUGAGAAUCGUUAUGUGGUGCGAUCUCCAUUGGGUGAUGCCAUAUUCGCGGCCAGCGAAAGUUCCACAGAGAAAAAUCGACUAGUAUGGGGAGCAGGGCGACCAUUCCAAAUGCACCUUCUUGACAAAACCCAUCAGGAAGCUUUGGUUUUCCGUAAGAAACUAGCCUUAGGAUCACUUUGCUGUCAGCCAAAAAGUCUAGAAAUCUGGAUUCCACCUGGUAAUGUUCUGGGAAGAGUUGUGCAGUCACCAACACUGACACAGCCAGAGUUCUUCAUAGAAGAUGGAAACACUGGUCAGCCUGUGUUUUGUGUGGAAGGUCCUGCUAACUCAGGAUUCUGCUGUUUCUGCCUGCCCAGGGAGUGUUACUUUAAGAUCCAUUCUGGUGGCAAUAUGAGGGCUUCCAUAGAUCACAAAUGGGUGACCAGCAAGUCACAGUAUACCACAAAUAUUUACUUCAGUGAUGUGAAGCUAACCGCCAAAGAGCGGGCCUUGAUACUGGGAUCAGCCUUUUUACUGGAAUAUUUGUACUUCCAAACCCGCUUCUAACCAAAAACAACUUCAAUAAACCUUGUAUAUUCACAUUGA